AUGUCCUGGAUCCCGAAAGCAGGUGGAACGCGCCAGCCCGAAGGGGAUAUCACAUUUUCCAGAUCGCACAGCGCGAUCUCAUGGUUUCCGGGGGUUUCGUCCCAGAUGCUACUGGCAAUGGCCUCGCUCAUACUGCCUUCCACCCAAUAUACAACCACCUUGUAUAAGACCAGUUUCACACGAAAGGGAGGACCCCGCGAUAAGAACCUAACUUCCUCCCAGCUACGCUGGCUGGCUCCCAAUAUCGCUUCGACCAGCUCUACUGUGUGUUUUAAAGUCGAUAUAUGUCUAGUCCGAAGGGUACACCACGAUUUGCGUGAACUAAAUGAUGAGGAAUCCGCUAUUGGUACGAUUUUUCUGGAUAGCUUGCCAGGUGAAGAAGGAUUCAAGGUCGUUCACAGGCUGGAACCCUCCGAUUUUGGCUCGUUCAACUCGGAUCCUGCGCAAGGGCUACUCUCUACAUCCAACCUUUACAGCGUGCUGCUGAAGAAUUGUUUUGGGCUAAAGCACCUCAAACUCGCAUUCGAGCUCAAUAGGUUCAUUGGUAUACAAUCACGGUUGAUUCAAAAACUGCCAGAGGAAAUAUCUACAAUUAUAUCCUCUGGCUUGAAAGAUGCAGUCGGGGCCUUGGACAGCUUAGGGUAUUGA